CUUUUCUUCACUCUGUCUUCUCAACCUUACCUCUACUUCUCAAUUCUCUCGUCCCGUCCCGUCCACCUAGACCUCAUCUAGUAGACUUGUACACUACAUUAGUUCAGUUAGUGUAGUGUCCAAGACUCUAGACUCGACUCGACACCCGGCGCUAGGAGAUCGCUCCAGAGGUCCCGUCACACACACACUUUGCGGCAGUGACCCCUAUCCCAGUCCGACCGCUGUUAGCUUCUCAGGGUCCCGUCUCCUCUCCUCUCCUCUCCUCCCCUCCCCCGUCAGCCGCUGUGUCAGCAGUCAGUCGUCGAGAACGAAACCCCCCCCCCCCGGGCCGCCGCUCGACUACCAUACAUUUCUGCAGCUGCUUCCACUUUCGACCUUUUGCCCUCGGCUGUCUCCCAUUUGCACACUUGCACUCGCACGCACACAUCGACAACGACACUGCUUCUUUCCAUCACACGUCAUUUUCCAAUACAACCCAUCCUCCCGUACCAUCUUGUCGUUGGCCACGCUUCCUCGUUGACGACGACGACGACAUCCGACUCUCAACGAACGAUUGACUGCUCCUCGGCUGCAGUGCAACCAAACCGUCCAAACUCUCUCUCCCCCGCCGUAGCGUCCGGCAUUCUAUCUAUAUCCAUCCGCCCACCCGUCUAUCCGUCCAUUCAUCCAAACCCCCCCCCCCAACGGCUCGUAUAGACCGACCGAGACGGCCAACGACAUACGAAGCACGUCCCAAUCGUCUCCACCCUUGCACGCCGCCUGUUCAUCUCGUCUCAUCAAUAAGCCGCCGCGCACCGACCCUACACUUCAAACCACUUACGUUUCUACUUCUAUACCUACCGCCUACCUCGAACAAUAAAGAUAUUGAGAGUGAUACGUGGUGUUCCUGGCACCCCUUCAACCAAGCCCACUCAAAGCGAAACACACGGGGUUCCAGAACAAAGUCGCAACCACGGCUUCCCCACGAGAAGGUCCCGCGCCGUCGGCUGCGGAAGGACAAGUGCCCGAAAGUGUCCAAGAGAGAGGUACCCUUGUCAGCCCUGCCUUAUCCGAGGAGGAGGACGCCGCCAUGGAGGCCCUCAAGAACCUCGAGUACGGUAUUCCCGACUGGCUGCAUCGUCUAGAUGAGCUCAACGACCAAAUCGAACAACGCCAGCAGGAGUUGGCCCAACUUACCGAGUCCAAGUCAUCAUCGCCUGGCGGAGAGCCAGGAUCCCCGUCACGCAAGUCUUUGAGGAACAAGGGGUCAACUGAAAGUCUCAGGCCCAAAGAUGAGCCGUCCGCCCAUCCCAACUACCAGGAGAACAAGACACCGAACAACCGACCAACCAGCCCCCAGACGCCAGGUUCUCCCGGCGCUCUGCAGCGAACAACAUCGCAAGUCCGUGCAGCAGGUCAGGCCAAGGCGCGCGCUACCCUUCGCAAGCGCCAACGAACUGACUCGGUCAUGAGCGCCGAGAACGCCGACAAGCCACCAAAGUACCGCAGCCGGAGCAUGAUCAUAGUCUACUACGACAGCUAUGUACAAAGCUUUUUCGAAGAGCUGGUCAAGUUUGUGAGCGCCAGCAGGAACAUGAUGCGCAAGGCCAAGAUGGCAGCCAAGGUCGCACAGAUCAAGAGGUUAGCCGAGCUCAACACGCCGCCCGACGACGAUGAAACCGGUGGAGACGCCACGAACGGGGAACUGGUGCCCGACCCCAAGGCAGUGAACAACAUGGAUGCAUCGGCCGCCGCUCCGGCCGCGGGGAGCCUGGAUCCAGUUCAAGCAGUGUUAGCUGCUCGUCGCGCGCGCGAGUAUAAGCGCAUGAUGGCCCAAGGUGGCGGAGUACGCGCCAACCCCAUGGCCGCCGGUGCCCGCAUGAGCGCGACUAUGGGCCGUGCCCGUGCCGGCCAAUCGUCUCAGGAUGCCGGAUCGGACGUCUACGAUCAGCUCGACAAUGGUCUCGAGUUUGUACAAUCCAUGUGCGAGCACGCUGCCCAUCAGUUCCUUCGUGACGGAGACUGCGGUGAGGAGGUCACCAAGAUCAAGCAGCGUCUGGCGCAGACCAAGGACUUGGCCGCCAAGGAGAUGGAGCGUGCCAAGCGCGAGGAUCUUGGUGGAGAUGGUUCUGUCGAACUGGGCGCUGGUGGCGCGGCCGGAUUGAUGUCUAGGGGAGCAACUGCCGGUGCGAGCGCCAUGCCCAUGGGCAUGGGGGCGAGGAGCUAUAGACCCCAGAGUAUGAGGAGGGUGACGAGCGUGAAGAGCACAAAGAGCUCGGUGAAGGAGGCUGCUAAGGAGGCUACCAAGGAGGGGGCAGUGGUGACAGUGGUGGAAAAGGGAGUCAAGAGGACGGCACCGGCGACGGAGUCGGAGGGAAGCACAGUAAGCGGGAGUGUCAAGGGUGAUGCUAAAAUCGAGGUAGAUGAGGGGUUGGAGGAUGUGGAUGACAGUGCCGCUAAUGAUGGGAUAAUUGCGGCCGACCCAUCAGCGGAUUCGGAACCCAUCGACCUGUCCAAGUUGGUCUACAGGAGUACCCGGUUGAUGAGGUAGAGUGAGAUGAGUAGUAGUAGCACGAGUAAGGGAGACUGGAACGAAAAAAGGAACAGGUCUAUUGGAUAGGAUUUGGUUUGUUAUUGUGUGUUUGGGUAGGUGAGCGAGCGAGCGACUGAACAACUGAGCACCUGAAUGGGUAGGUGAACGAAAUGGCUAGGAAAGGUUAUUUAAUGUUUUGGGUUGGGACGAGGUCUCCCGCUGGUCUGCUUUUUCUGGUAUAAAAAAACCAUCUAUCUAUGAUCUCUGCCUAUAUAUCCUCAAAAGAAAUCUCGGCUUUCUUUUCUCUUGCACUUUUUCCAGUUAUAAUAUGUCCUGUCCUGUCAUGUCAGGUAUGGCGUGGGGGUUCGUCUCUUCUUUUCUGGGGUGCUUAUACCACUGACGAAUAAUGAGUAUUAUGACACGAAGACACAAUUCUCUAUCC